GAUUGGUCUGGGGAACAGGGAUAAGUCUCUGAUCAUUACCCACAGUAGAUGGCGGUAGAGCUCUAUUUCAGAAUGCGAACCGCCAAUUAAAAAAAACGAAGAAGAAGAUUAACCGGAAGAGACGUUAUGGCUCAUUUCUAGAACGUGAGGCAGAGGUUGUGACAGCACAACUCCAGACGAUGGAGUCUGAGACCAGAGAAACCACUACAGAGCAGGAGGAAGACUGUUUCUAUGACUGUGAGGACAAGUUACCUGGAGAAGAUGAACACACUGACAUUAAACGCACAGAGAGGGAGCACAGCGACAAGCAGGAGUCAGAUGACGGGACAGAAAGCAUGAAUGGCAUUGAGCGGCUGUGUUUGGAUAACACAUCAGCAGAGGAUACCGAAGGGCACGAGGACCAUUCGGCUGAAAAGAGACGUGACUCAUUAACAGAAGACCUAAGUCACGAGAAAGACAGUGAUGAAGAACAGGAGAAAUGGGAGGGGUUUGUGGAGAGCGAUGAGCAGAGAGAGGGCGACUCCGAUUCAGAAUUUAAAGAAGAGACCGUCAGUGUGAACGAGGAUGAUGAGGAAUACCUGCGUGAACUGGAGAAAGACCUGACGGAAGAAGAAAAAGAGAGCAGAAGAAAGGAGAGUUUAGAGCUGAAGGAGAAGGGCAACACACAGUUUAAGAGUGGAGAGCAUGUAGAGGCUGAAGAGUCUUAUACGGCGGCUCUGAGAGUGUGUCCUGUGUGCUGCGGUAAAGAGAGAUCCAUACUCUUCUCUAAUCGAGCUGCUGCACGCCUGCAUCAGGAUAAAAAAGACAGCGCUAUCAGUGACUGCUCUAAAGCCAUAGAACUAAAUCCAAAUUAUGUCCGUGCCAUUCUGCGGAGAGCAGAACUCUACGAGAAGACGGACAAGCUUGAUGAAGCUUUAGAGGACUAUAAAACUGUCUUGGAGAAAGACCCGGGCAUCCCUGCAGCUAGAGAGGCCUGUGUGAGACUGCCACGGCAAAUUGAGGAGCGCAAUGAGAAGCUGAAAGAAGAGAUGAUGAGUAUGAUAACUUUUUUUCUUAUAAAAAUAUAUUGUGAUUAUUUUGUUUUAUAUUGCGAUUGUGAAAGGACAUUUCAUUUCAUAUAAAAAUGUCUUCUAUCG